GAAAUUUGAAAUUGAUUUGAAUCGUACUUGAGCAAGAAAAAUUGUCGGCAAUGGAGGAAGAAUUUUUUUACUCAACGGACUAAGAGGAGGAUUUUCAAGGAACAAGCAUUCUACCGGUCAUCUUACGCAGCAUUUUGAUAGGAGGCACGAGCGUCGUGACGGCAGCAGUUCUGGUCGGUGUAAUCGUUGCGUUGAUCGUCAUCAAUGCGGAUAAAAUAUUUGGAUUCUUCAUGACUAUUGUUUUUUAAAAGCUGUUUGGAAUGGUCGAGCUUAUGAGAGAAACCGAUGAAGAUAGCGAAACGACCACAUCUACACUUCCCGGGUUAUUUACUAGACGCAGAGACACGCCCAUGCCGUUUAUGAGAGAACAAAUCCAUCAUGAACUACCGGGGAACGCUUUGUAUCUAACACCGCAUGAAGUGCAGGUCAUGGAUCUGCUGGUCUCCCCUGCACAGCUCAACGUAACUUGGGAUAACGUGGCAGGUUCUGAAGAGCUUAUUAGUAGUAUCUAAGAGCAGGUUAUUUAUCCCAUGAAGUAUGCAAUGCAGCACAAUCCUGACCCGCUCCUGAUGCCCCCGAAAGGAAUUCUUCUGUACGGUCCUCCCGGCUGCGGAAAAACGCUCAUCGCCAAAGCCAUGACCAACGAAAUAGAAGCAAAUUUCAUCAACUGCGAUAUAUCGGCAAUUAAAAACAAAUUUGUAGGAGAGACAGAGAAAAUGGCAACUGCUUUAUUUUCAGUUGCAAGGAAAAUUGAGCCUUGCAUUAUCUUCAUAGACGAGGUAGAUUCCUUCCUAAGCUAGCGAGACGAUGGCGAUCAAGCGACCGAGUCUACACUGAAGGCGAUCUUCCUGCAGUAAUGGGACGGACUAACAACAGAUUCGCUGAACCAUGUCGUGGUUCUUGCUGCUUCAAACAGGAUAGACGCCAUUGACGACGCAAUCUUGAGGAGGCUUCCCUUGCAAUUUGAAGUGCCUUUGCCAAAAGAGGAUAAACGAAAGGCCAUCUUACAGUUUGUUCUCAAAGAUUGUGAUGUGGAUGAGGACGUUGACUUGGAUGUCAUUGCGAGCCAGACGGAAGGGUUUUCUGGUUCUGAUUUGUAAGAAAUCUGUCGACACGCUGCCACCUACAGACUCGUUGAAUACUACAAAAAAGUCAGAAGCAUCGAGUUGGAACGAGAAGAUGAUUCUGAGGACAUGGUACAAGACUUGCCAGAUGAAAAAAAGUUGCUUGUCGACCCAAAGUAAAUUUUUGACCAUUUCAAAAAAGUCAGUAAACAAGAUUUCUCAGCAGGAUAUUCAACUGAAGACAUGAAUGUAGGACAAUCCUUCUCCACUUCUACGGACGAAUUGAUGUCACAGGACUCGUAGACGACUCGCCGCCAUUCAUCGUUCACCUAUCAAACUUUACCGCUAGACAUUAUACAUAAAUUACUAGCGGACGAACUAGAAGAGUUCGAUGACGAUGAACAGAAAGCUGGACAUGACUUGCAGGGCAACAAGGGAGACCAGGGCGACCUAAAGUCUUUGCCCUUCAAGAUUUUCUUUGACUGUGGUGCUCUAGAAUGCGGAGAGACGGGAAAUGAUCCCAAAAACAGAAUCCUACCUCAUGCAGAGGAGGACUAUGCAGAAAGAAAUUUAGAUGAAGUUCCGAACCAAAAUUUCACGAAGACUUCUCCGUUGACGUUACUUGAUCUUGGCAGGUGGGGCGAUCGUAACAAGUAAAAGGUGUCGCCUCUGCGAGCCAUCAACAUGAAUGACUUGCUUCGAGCCCUCAAGCACUCCAGGAAAAACAUCCAAACCAAUUUCCCGCAUGAUAUGUACAACUGAGCCAUUGAAAUAAUCUCCCGCGUGAAGUGUACAAGUGAUCAACAUAAAUAAUUUUUUACAUUACUCAUUAUUGAAAAUCAUUCCUUGAUAUCUAAUUUUCUGUUCGAUAAAUGCUCAAAUAUUUUGUAGGUAGCAUUACAUUCCAUAAUAAGCUUACAUAAACUAUGAAGUCUUAUAUAUAACUUGUAAUAAAAUUGAAAAAAUGAUUGAUGAAUAAACAUUUUAAUGAG